AUGAAAUUCGAACUCUUCACCUCGCUAGCCCUCGCGGCCCUCGCCAUUGCCUCGCCUGUUGAACCCCUUGAGAAGCGCGCAAUCACUUGUCUGAAGGUCGGCGCUACGGCAACCGCAACCUGGGUCAACUCAGCAGGGUUGACAUGUCUCUGGACCGGCACUGUAGGAAGCAACUUCGGCACCAAUAGUGUCAACGGCGGAGACUACUCUUGUAACGGCCGCUGCGGUGCAGGGUGCUCGGGCAGCGCCGUCGGUAACGCGUAUACGCAAGACUGCUUUAGCCACGAUGUUUGCUCGUGGUUCAAUAAUGCCUCUGGUGGCGCCAGCGAUGCGAAUUGUGGCGCAGCGUUCAAUGCUGCGGUGGAUGAUACGCUGCUCGGUACUGCGAAUGGGUGUGGACAGACGAACCCGAGUAACUCGGCCAGCGUGCCGUCGACGAGCCCGAAAUGCUCGUGAAUUCGGUGGCAUGAUGGAGGGAACGUAUACAGAACGGUGGUGGCCAAUGAACAGUUGCA